UAGAAAGCGUCUGUUCCUGGGCACGUAAUAAGGAGACGUGUUUUAGAGGACGAAUUCUGGGAAGCAGCAGUGCAAUCUUUCUCUUGGGCCUCGAGAACAUAGCAUUCAACAUGAGCGUACGUGUACCAAUAUCUACCUACAGAUAAGUCUGUAUUUUGGCUUUGAAGUUCGGCCUGCGCGGCGCACGACUACGAGAUAGCGGCGCUACGAGUUGGUUAGAGACGGUGAGUGGCGGCAGCAACGACCAGUGUAUUAGUGCUCUGUAGUAGUGUGCGAGAGCUUACAGCGAGGCGAAAGCAAGAGAGUGCUGGCCGUGGGGAAGACGUAGAAGAAAACAUGGCCGAAGCCAUUGUGGACGGAACUUCGUCGAUGCGCCGAUUUUUUUGUCACCGUUGCAGCGUCGAGAUUGAGCAUCUGCUACCGGACUUCACAUGCCCAAGAUGUUCUACAGGAUUUAUAGAGGAGCUAGAGAGAAACAACGAAGAUGCUGCUGGUCAGAUGGAUAUGGAUAACCAGGAUUAUGGUGACAUCGAUGUGGAUGUCACUGGCUUUGAUGAUGACUCUGAAUAUGAUAUUCUGCCUAUAAUCAGAGCAGCUGCAGAAGCCUCAGCAAGAAGUGGAGCCAACUAUAGAGAUGGCUGGAGGAGAUCACACAGGUUAAGUUCAGCUGGAGAUCAAACAUCAACUCGAAAUACCAGCUCCAGAAAUCAACAACAUCAACAAGCUGGAAUAGACAUUGCAUCACGAGUACCAUUAGAUAGUUUAAUUCAAGAAAUUUUUUUCAAUCUUUCUGGAAUAGGAUUUGGUUUUGCACAAGGACAAGGAGGUCAAGCACCGGUUAGAUUGUUCUUGGGAAAUCCUGGAGAUUAUGUUUGGGGCCAACAAGGCUUGGAUUCUAUUGUCACACAAUUGUUAAAUCAAAUGGAUGGAACCGGCCCACCACCAUUACCUAGAAGGCAAAUUGAUGAAAUACCAACCACAUCUGUAUCACAAAUACAAGUUGAUUUGAAACUUCAGUGUUCAGUUUGUUGGGAAGAUUUUAUUCUUGAAGAACCUGUAAGGCAACUGCCUUGUCAACAUUUUUACCAUGCUCCUUGCAUUGUUCCAUGGCUAGAAUUACAUGGGACUUGUCCUAUAUGUCGACAAAGUUUAGGUGAUACAACAACUAUUGAAGCAAAUCAAGACACAGUUAGCCCAAGUUUGGCAGCACUAUUUAGAGCUGCUAAUGAGUCAAAUAGCAGCAGAACAUCUUCAACGUCUUUGGGUAGCAGUUCUCGAAAUGAUUCACCCAACGAAAUGUGAAAUUAAUUUGCUAUUUUCAUAAUGAUUGAUCUUUUCAUACAAUACUGUGCAAACCGAAUUUUCUCGAUUAUUUAUUUUCAUAGAACGAAAUAUUUUCAAUUGAUUUUAUAGAAAAUAAUCAAACAUGAUUUGAUUUUAUUAAAAAAAAUGUUAAUUGAUAUGGGAAGUCUAGACUUUUGGCAAAUAACAGUUUUUCUGAGCUAACUUCUUAAUUAAAUAACGUAUUUAUAACAGUAAAAUAUUAGCGGUUUUUCAAUAACGUAAUCAAUCCUUAUGAAUAAUUGGUCAAAAUAAUUUUUUAUGAAAUAUUGUAAGAAAAUUAUAUUUCUAUAUUAAUUCCUUUUCAUGAAAAUUAUUUACAGGUACUUUUCUUAAUUUAACUGCUUUGCCAGCAGAAUAUUCUGAAAAGUUCUUUUUAUCUCUUUCCAGAUGUAUAAAUAUUGCAAUUGAAUCCCUAAUAUUUCACGAUUGUUGUUUUUGAAAAAUCAAUAACACUUUGGGAGGAAGUUAAAGUAAAGCAUCAAAGUAAACAUUUAGAAAAAAUAGUAAAAAGCUUUUAUACAGAAAAUACUCUGUAAAAGCUCGAGAAAAUUCAUUUGGAAAGCUCUUACCAUAAAAACUUUGAAUAACAUUUUGAGAAAUGGUAAAGUGUGAAAAAGGUGCGAUUUGUGUAUAUUUCGUGUGUUAAGAACGAAUGUUAAUAUUUUUUUGCGGCAACGUAAAAACCUGUACAUAUUUUUAUUCUAUUCUAAUUUACAUCUUAAAUAAAGAUUUAACAGUACAGUUAUGGAGAUUCAUGCUUGCUGGUGGCAAAGCAGAAUAGAUUUGCUAGUAAACAUUUCUGUAAAAGGUAACACUUCGGGUACAUUUUGGUAUCUCGAUGCUUGUUUGUAUAGAAUAUAAAGUUAAUACCAUGUUAAAUAAAAUUCAGGACACUCGACGAAGUGACGUACUACAAUGGCUUCGGUUUGAUAAUAAUGUGAACAAGAUAAAUAAAAUGUUAACAUCUCAAAUAUAAAAACGACUAGUAAAGAAUUUACAUUGUAUAAAUUCAUAAUGCAAUAAAUAAUAUUCACGAAAUUGUAAAGUGUACUUCAUCUUGCCGAAGUAUACUAAUUUUCAAUUGAUAAACAAAUUACAAGAAUUUUACAAGUGUGAUGCAAUGAAUGGAAAAAUAAAAUCAAUUUCAGUAUAAAGAGGGUGGAUUUAAUGUCUGUUCCUCAAAAUUCACAAAACAAUAAUUUUACCAUUUGUAAGAGCUUUUGUAUGAAAAAUAUUGUGGAAAAUUCAGCGAUUUGCACAUUUUUUGUAAGGCUGAUAUAGCAUUCAUUUUAGCGUUUUUACUAUUUUUAUUUCAAGUUUUAGGUAAACCGAUAAUUAAAUACUUGUUUUUCAUUACUAUCAGCCAUAAAAUUACUAAGUGAUGCUGCAGUUGUUUUAAUAGUCUAUAUGAAUGUGUAAAUUAGUAUAACUUAAUAAAUCGUAUAUUUAUUCCGAAAAAUUAUUUCUUUGA